CAGAGCGGAAGUAGCUAAGCUAUCAGGGUUAGCGUAUUCAGCUCUCUCCGCAUUGUCCUGGUUUGUGUGUCUGUUUGUGUGAGAGGUGAAUGUGUUGAGUGUGUGCAGCAACAAUGUCUUCAGUUCAGUCUCUGAGAGAGUUUAUCAGCGAGCGACUAACUGCUGCUGCUGAAGAAAUAUUCACAGAGUUUGAAAAAACCAUCGUCCGGUACGAGGAAGAGAUCGAUCGUCAGCGCAGACUGCUGGACAUCAGCUGGAAACCUCACACACACCUGCACACAACAGGUCCAGAACUCCCACAGCAUUGUGUCUGGAAGGAGGAGGUUCUCACUAACCAGCAGCUCUAUAAUCAGGAGAGGAACUCCAGUUUGGACCAGGAGGAACCAGAACCUCCACAAAUUGAAGAUGAUCAGGAGGAAAUCUGUUCCAGUCAGGAUGAAGAACAGCUUUCAGUGAAGCAGGAGUAUGAUACAUUUAUGGUGACACCUGCUUAUGAGGAAAUUAAGUACAAGAAAUCAGAACAUGCUCAGGAGGAACCAGAACCUCCACAACAGGAGGAGCUCUGUAUUGAUCAGGAUGAAGAACAGCUUUUAUUGAUGCAGGAGACGGAGGGAAGGAACCACUGGGAACCAGAAAAAAACAUCGUCCAGAACAAGAAAGAACUCAAUCGUCAGCGCAGAACGUUGAAGACCAGCUGGAAACCUCAGACAAAGCUACACAGAAUAGGUCUUCCACAGCAUCACACCUGGAAGGAGGAAGAUGUUCUUACUGACCAAUGGCUCUGUAACCAGGACAGGAACUCCAGUUCAGACCAGGCGGAACCCGGACUUCCACAGAUAAAAGAGGAACAUGAGGAUCUAGAACCUCCACAGAUUAAAGAGGAACAGAAGGAUCCAGAACCUCCACAGGGAAACCCAAAAAAUCUAGAGAUGAAAGAGGAGCAGGAGACGGAAACCUUUAUGGUAACUCCAGUUUAUAAGGAAAAAAAUCACAAUGAACCAGAACCAAACAGGAAACAAUGGUUCUUUCAGAACUCUUCUGUGUCUGAGAGCCAAGUUCAGGAAGGAAGCAAAAAAAACUCGGAAUUCAGCAGAGACGAAGAGCUGAAACAACAUAAGAAAAGUUCACAAACCAGAGGUCAUGGUGACAAUGAAGACCACCCAAAAGCAAAAAGCAAUCCCAAAAAGCGUUUUGUGUGUUUGACUUGUGGAAAAAAAUUCUGUGUAAAAAAUUAUUUAACUGUUCACAUGAGAACUCACACAGGUGAGAGACCUUUUACUUGUCAGAUCUGUGGAAAAAGUUACUGUGAAUAUAAUGGCUUUAACUACCACAUGAAAACUCACACAGGUGAGAGACCUUUCUCAUGUCAGACCUGUGGAAAAAGUUUUGUUAGUAAAUAUUUGUUGAAUAUUCACGUGUUAACCCACACAGGUGAGAAGCCUUUUUCAUGCCAGACAUGUAGAAAACGUUUUGUUCGCAAAGAUACUUUGAACACUCACGUGAAAUUUCACACAGAUUUUGGGGUUUGUUAA